ACAACUCUUUGGUUGGCUGCACACUGAGUACCCUGCAAAGCCUGUUUUUAAAGCCAUGUUGACAUACUUGCCUCUCAGUUGUGGAAAAUUAAAAAUAACGGGCGGUUUAGACAUAUUUUACGGUGACUAUGUAUGCACAAAUAUUACUAAAUAACCCAAUAACAGAAGGUACAUUUCACGCGUGUGUGUUGCGGGCUGCUGAAGUUAGCUUUGAAGCUAAAGUCAACUCAGAUUAGCUAACAAACUGCGUGUCGGUGCAGUGGAUGACACCAGUAAUUAUUAUAAAAGUAUUAUCUGUGACAGAGAACUGAACAACACCGUCCACCCAGUGAGCUGCAACAGGAGCGGUCACCAUGAGGAUCUUAAGGUUUCUGAGGAGCAGCGUGUCCAUUGGGAAGGACAUCGACUAUUACUCCAAAUUUUCUCCCUCUCCUCUGUCAAUGAAGCAGUUUCUGGAUUUUGGCUCAGAGAACGCCUGUGAGAGAACAUCGUUCGCCUUCCUCAGACAGGAGCUGCCUGUGCGACUGGCAAACAUCAUGAAAGAGAUCAACUUGUUGCCAGACAACUUACUGAGGACUCAAUCUGUGCGGCUGGUUCAGAGCUGGUACAUGCAGAGCUUUCAGGACAUUCUUGAGUUCAAAGACAAAAAUGCAGACGAUGAGAAAGUCACAUAUGACUUCACAGAUGCGGUAAUUAAGAUCAGGAAUCGGCACAAUGACGUCAUCCCCACCAUGGCUCAGGGAGUGGUGGAGUACAAGGAGACGUACGGCACCGACCCGGUCGUCAGCCAGAACGUUCAGUAUUUCCUCGAUCGCUUCUACAUGAGCAGGAUAUCCAUCAGGAUGCUGCUCAACCAGCACACUCUUCUCUUCGGUGGGAAGGUGAAGGUGAACCCGGCUCAUCCCAAACAGAUCGGCAGCAUCGAUCCACACUGUCGUGUCACCGACGUGAUCAGAGACGCCUACGAAAAUGCACGUAACCUCUGUGACCGGUACUACAUGAACUCUCCUGAGCUGGUGCUGGAGGAAUUCAAAGUCAACCCCAUCACCGUGGUCUACGUGCCGUCUCAUUUGUAUCACAUAGUGUUUGAACUUUUUAAGAAUGCCAUGCGGGCCACCAUGGAGUUAUACGGAGACGCCAUGGAGUAUCCUCCUGUCCACGCGCAGGUCGCUCUGGGAAGUGAGGAUCUGACGGUCAAGGUGAGUGAUCGUGGAGGAGGCGUGCCGCUGCGGAAGAUCGACAGGUUGUUCACCUACACGUACUCCACGGCUCCUCGACCCAGCAUGGACGGGGCCCGCGCUGCUCCUCUGGCUGGUUACGGGUACGGCCUGCCCAUCUCUAGACUGUACGCCCGGUACUUUCAGGGGGACCUGAAGCUCUACUCUCUGGAGGGUUUUGGAACUGAUGCUGUGGUCUACAUCCGGGCCCUCUCCACAGAGUCCAUCGAGAGGCUCCCGGUCUACAACAAGUCAGUCUGGAAACACUACAAGACGAUCCACGAGGCCGACGACUGGUGCGUCCCCAGCAAAGAGCCGAAGGACAUGACGACGUUCCGCAGCUUCUAGAUCCACACGGCGGGGUGCCCUGUAGCAGGAGAGGUGGUGGUAGAUGAAUGGUGUGUGUUUGUGUGUGUGCGAGGUGUGUGUUUGUGAUGACAGUAAAUCAGUCCAAAUUACUUUGUACAGAAAGUUAAAAAAAAGAAUAACGGAGCAAAGAUUUAGUGCCAUAAAGGUGUUUUAGUUUUGUACAAAUAAAACAUUUUACUCCUGCUGGUACCAUUAAAGGCUCAAAGGACGACUGGGCAGAUUACUGGAAAACCAUGUUGUUGUUUAAAGUUAAACAAAGCCAAUACUGCUUUCUUUUAGGCUGAUAGAAAUAUUUAUAUUUAUAUUUCAUAACCUAAACAUUUCAUUAAACAAGAAUUGGCAUUUCUGUAGUGCAAUUUAUUUAUCAACCAACCAGCAUAAAAUACGGAUAACAACAAUAUAUUGAUGAAUCAUAUGAUGAAAUCAGUUGAAAUUAACAAAUAAUUGACAUUUAAAAGCAUCUUAGGAUCUCAAAACCAACUGGAACUACAUGUGGGGGUCAGUUAUGAGCUGUUUUAUUGUUUUUUUUCCCGGCUGAUUGUAUUAUUUAUAUUCACAUUUCAUAACCAAAAUUUUUCAUUAAACAAAAAAUUUGCAUUUCUGUACUGCAGUUUAUUUAUCAACCAGCAUAAAAUAUGAAUAACAACAAUAUAUCUAUGAAUCAGAUAAUGAAAUCAGUUGAAAUUAACCAAAAAAUUGACAUUUAACAGCAUCUCAGGAUCUCAAAACCAACUGGAACUACAUGUGGUUAACAUGAACUGUUUUAUUGUUUGUUUUUCUGCUUUUCUUGAACGCUUAGCUGCUUUUAUUUUGCUGCAGGUCGAGCUUCACCUGUUACAGUCUGUGUGUGUUACGCUCUGCUCAUCUCUUCUACUUCAGAAAAGGAAAACCUGUUACACAAUUAGUCGCUGCUUGUUUUUAAAUCUGUCGUGGAAGUUUCUGCUGAUGAGUCUUAUUUUUUCAAAUGUUUUCAUUAAGGGCAUUUCUUCUUCAGUUGGAUGAUGUAUACAAGCAACAUGUGAUCCAAAACAUUGAUUUGCCAUCUCUAAAGGGAAAUUUUGCACCUAUUUUUACUUAUUGUAACAUAAGAAAACUGGAAAUGAAACAUAGGUGAUGGAAAAAUAUGUUUUAUUGGUUAUGCAACGUGUGUAGUUUUCUUCUGAAAAUUUAACUAUGAGUUGUAUCACGCACAGUAUAUGAGGAGAGUAUUAUUUGGAUUUCUGUGGUUGUAUUUUAAGGACUCAUCCUGUUAAAUAAGCUAUAAUCAAUAUUUCCACUGUUACACUAAAGCAGUCGCUGUAUGGAACAUGUUCAGUGAAAAAUAAACAAUUCAAACAGU